CUCACCCGGAGAGGCGCGAGGAGGGUCUUGGCAGCCGCAGCCCCGACUCUGCGCAGGGCCUAUGACCGUCUGCGGAUGGUGGCGGAGUUGGUGCCGUUCCUGCUGGUGAAGGACAAAAAGAAGAGUCCCAUCACUCGCUCUGAGAGGGCGAAAUACGUUAUCUGAGACUUAAAGGAUCUUUUCCCUGAGAUCAUCGCUAGGGCCGCAGAUUCGCGGUAUGUCUUUGGUUUUGAGCUGAAACAGCUCGGCUGCAAGCACCACACUUAUAUCCUGGUCAACAAACUAAAACCUUUGGAGGAGGAGGAGGAGGAGGAGGAUCUGGGAGGAGAUGGCCCCAGAUUGGGUCUCUUAAUGAUGGUCUUGGGCUUUAUCUACAUGAAAGGUAAUAGCGCCAGGGAGGAACAGGUCUGGGAGAUGCUGCGUUGGUGGGGAGGUGUGUCCCUCAAAGUAUGCCGAUAACAUCACUACCUCUUGGGGCACCCGAAGAGGCUUAUUAUGGAAGAUUUCGUGCAGCAACAAUAGCUCAGUUACAGGUGGGUGCCUCACACCACUCCACCCGGUUGUGAAUUCUCUUGGAGUCCCCUAAGCAAUCUGGAAACCAGCAAAUUGAAAAUCUUGGGGUUCGUGGCCAAGCUCCAUGAAAAGAAACCCCAGCGCUGGCCAUUGCAGUACCAUGAGGCCGACAGGGCCAGAGCCGAGGCCAGUAUGAGGGCUAGGGUUAGGGCCAGGGCCAAUGCUAGGGCUGGCAUCCGCCCCUGCUGAGGGCUGAUGGAAAGUGGUCAGCGAGGGCGUGGGUGGGGGUC